CCCUCAUAUCUAAUUUCACAUUCCAGAUCUUGGACAAACUUAACACAUCAUGUUUGUUCGUUAAUAAAAAGCGUUGUUUUGUUUCAUUCCUCACUGGUUCAGGCUCCCACUUAUUUUCUGACCUUCCCGACACCAACUUGAGAAAAAAAAACUCUCAAUCUUUGAGCCGGCUGCACGUCGAGGUAAAAGGACUUGAUGGAAGUGCAUUUUCCAGCCACUAUCCAAAUAUUCCACCAUGCUGACAGAGGUGGAGGCUACAGUCGGAGUCAGAAGGGGACAGUCCCUCCCUGCCCUUUGUAUGGGCUGGACCAGCAUCACAUUCAGACGAGCUGUCGGCCAAUCAAUGCAGGGGCAGAUGCAGGCAACCGGUUAACAGGGAGGGGGGGCAGAGAGACAGCGAACGCGAGUCUGCAGUCAGAAUCAGCUUCUAAUCUGCAAAAGGAAAUCAUGGAGAAAAAGACCACAGAUUUCUCAGGCAAAUGGAAAAUGAAGUCUUCGGAAUGCUUCGAGGACCUCUUGAAAGCGCUCGGUGUGAAUGUGUUCCUGAGGAAGAUUGCAGUGAGAGCGGCCUCCAGCCCGGCCGUGGAAAUCACCCAGCAGGACGAGAGUCUGUCCAUCAAGACGUCCACCAGCGUCCGUACCACCCAUGUCUCCUUCACCGUGGGUCAGACCUUCAACGAGACCACGGUGGAUGGACGUCCCUGCACGAGUUUUCCUAAGUGGGAAACAGAGAGCAAGAUCAGCUGUGAACAGACGGUUCCCAAGGGCGACGUGCCCAAAACAGCCUGGACCCGAGAGCUGACCAACGACGGAGAACUCAUUCUGACAAUGACUGCAGGGGAUGUUGUGUGCACCAGAGUGUACGAGAGGGAAUGAAGAAACAUUUCCAAGACGGUCAUACAAUACUCGUGUUUUGUGCCUCACGCAUGGUUUACAUUUACUCGCCUUGCUUACUUCCUCGUCCUCCUUCCAGCCAGUCUGAAGUUGGUCGGAUCUCAAACAAUGCACUGUGUAGAAGGAGGCUUCAGUUUACAUGAAUGUGUGUUGGCACAUUUAUUGCUUUUUAGAACACCAAAGAUGCCUGAACUCGCUCCUUUAUGUGUAAAAAUGUCACAUGUUCUUAAUCGAAAAACUCCCCUUUUCAGCUUGUUAAUACAAUGUUUUAUAUGAAUUCACUGUUUGAUGAUUCCUUCUUACAUGUUGCCUCUUCACAGGACCUCCCGCUCCCUCCGUCUGCGUAUCACUUUACAUCAUUGUCUGCCAAUCCUAUUCUCCUGAUUGUUCCACAGCCUUAUUCUUCCCUCUAUACUUCCACUUGCAAUCAACAUUCUCCUCUGUGUGCUCUUGUGUCAUCGCAGCUCACUGCAGCCUGUGUUCA